AGUCCACAGGCCCAAGAACCAGGAGCACCAGUGUCCGAGGGCGGGAGGAGACGAUGUCCCAGCUGCAGGAGAGAGAGAGAAUUUGCCCUUCCUGUGCCUUUCUGUUCUAUUCCGGCCCUCCACGGACUGGACGAUGCCCACUCAUACUGGGGAGGGCGGAUCAUCUUUACUCAGUCUACUGAUCCAAAUGCUAAUCUCUUCUGGAAACAUCCCCUCAGACACACCCAGAAAAUUUACCAGUUAUCUGGGUAACCCUCCGCCCCCUCGACACGUAAAAUUUACCUUCACAUCUGGGAACAUUCCACCUUAUGUUGGUGCAGGGAAGGUCAGCUGGCAGGGACGUGUGAGGUGCUCAUCUACCAUUCAUUCAUUCAUUCAGGGACCAGGCAAACGCCCCUACUCUGUGCCAAGCCCCAGUGAGGCUCAUAAUGAGUGAGGUGUGGUCUCUCCGCCCCAGGAGGUCCCAGUGUAGAGGAAGAAAGAUGACAGGUAUAAGACUGACUUCAACACUACCUGCUCCCUUUGCCAGCUGGGAAACAGGCCCGGAGGCCGUGCCAUUCCUCUAGUCCUGUCUCCAGUGCAUACAGACAUGCAUACGACCAGUCCCGGCUGCAGAUCCCACAAAAUGCUAUUAAAGAGACUCUCUUAGAAAGAGAAGGAACCAUGCAUUUUCUCUUUUCCUUUCUUUUCUCUCAGUCACUCCCCAGUUCAAGACAAAAAAUAGCCCAGGGCAGGAGUGACCAAACGUUAAGACUUCCCUUUGAUCUAGGACCCUGUCAGAGAACUCAGAAACGGGAAACACAUUGUAUCAAUCAGUGUCCCUCUCUCCAUAGGGUUACUUACCCUCUCAAAGUUCUCCAGGGAGGGACCCGUGAAGUGGUGGCCAAGCCCAGUCCAGUCACUGCCCGUCCACCGAGGUCCAGAGACCAGGAUAGGAAGAAGGGCAGCAGUACUUCCUCUCUGAGGAUGGAGACUCACAGCCGUCCUGGCAAGAGCAGAAAAUCCACAAAAUUCCGGUCCAUCUCCCGGUCCCUGAUCCUCUGUAGCACUAAGACCAGUGACGAUGGCUCUAGCCCCGAUGAGAAAUGUCCUGAUCCCUUUGAGAUUUCCCUGGGCCAGGGCAAGGAGGGAAUUUUCCACUCAUCUGUGCAGCUGGCAGACACAUCGGAGGCCGGGCCCAGCAGCAUUCCUGAUCUAGCACUGGCCUCCGAGGCCACUCAACUCCAAGCAACUGGGAGUGACCGAGGCAAGCAUUGUAGGAGGAUGUUCUUCACGAAGGAAGCUUCUACAACUUCCUCUCGAGAAAAGUCUGGAAAACUAGAAGCACACAGUAGUAACUUCCUGCUUCCCAGAGCCUGUCACCAAAGGACACGCAGCAACUCCACCAGUGUUAAUCCCUACAGUGCAGGAGAGAUUGAUUGUCUACUGACCCAGAAAUCUGCAGCCUCCACAGACCGGCAGCUGCAUUCCCUCUGUAGCAACAGGAAGUCUCUCUCUCAACAGCUGGACUGUCCCGCGGGAAAGGCUGUGGGCGCAGCGAGACCAAUGCGGUCGCUGAGCACGGCUCAGCUUGCACAGCCCUCGGGGGGCCUCCAGGCUUCCGUCAUCUCCAACAUCGUGCUGAUGAAGGGCCAGGCCAAGGGCCUGGGCUUCAGCAUCGUUGGGGGAAAGGACAGCAUUUACGGCCCCAUUGGAAUUUACGUCAAAACCAUCUUUGCAGGGGGAGCAGCAGCAGCCGAUGGAAGGCUACAAGAAGGUGAUGAAAUUCUGGAACUCAAUGGUGAAUCGAUGGCUGGACUAACGCAUCAGGAUGCUUUGCAGAAGUUCAAGCAAGCCAAAAAGGGGCUUCUCACGCUCACAGUGAGAACCCGCCUGACGGUGCCCCCAUCCCUGAGCAGCCCCCUCUCUCCCCCGCUGAGCCGCUCCCUGAGCUCCAGCACCUAUGUCACCAAGGACAGCAGCUCCUUCCUCCUGGAAAGCCCUGUGGCUCCUGCCAGCACCGCCAACUACAGAAUCAUGGUGGAGGUGUCUCUGAAGAAAGAGGCUGGCGUUGGUCUGGGAAUUGGCCUGUGUAGCGUCCCCUAUUUCCAGUGCAUCUCCGGCAUUUUCGUGCACACCCUCUCUCCAGGAUCCGUGGCACAUCUGGAUGGACGACUCCGGUGUGGUGAUGAGAUUGUGGAAAUCAAUGAUUCCCCCGUACACUGCAUGACACUCAACGAAGUCUACGCGAUCCUGAGUCACUGUAACCCCGGUCCAGUCCCCAUCAUUGUUAGCCGACAUCCAGACCCACAGGUCUCUGAACAGCUACUCAAAGAAGCUGUGGCCCAGGCUGUGGAGAAUAUCAAGUUUGGAAAGGAGAGGCAUCAGUGGAGUCUGGAAGGUGUCAAAAGGCUGGAGAGCAGCUGGCACGGGCGGCCAACCUCGGAGAAGGAGCGAGAGAAGAACUCAGCUCGCUUGCAUCGCAGGGCUCAGAAGGUCAUGAUCCGCUCCAGCAGUGACAGCAGCUACAUGUCGGGGUCCCCUGGGGGUAGUCCUGGCAGUGGCGGAGAGCAACAGCCCUCUGACCUGGAAGUCGGCACACACAGCCUCAGCCUGCCCAAGGGGCAGGAGCCGGGGGCGCUCCCCGUAGCAUCAUCCAGGCUGCCCCAGGAGAGCCCACCCCUCCCUGAGAGCCAGGACGGCUACCCGCCUCUGAGACUGAAGAAAUCCUUUGAGAUUUUGGUGAGAAAGCCCACGUCCUCCAAGCCCAAGCCUCCACCCAGAAAAUACUUUAAGAGUGACAGUGACCCUCAGAAGAGUCUGGAAGACAGAGAGAACACCUUAUGCCCUUCUGGGCACACCUCGCCCACCUGUGGCCAGGAAGCCAGAGAGCUGCUGCCAUCGCUGCUGCCGCAGGAAGACGUGGCAGGGAGAACGCUCCGCGCCGUUGUCUGCUGCCCAGGACCUGCCGUCGGCCCACAGACGACACCCUCCUCAGAGCACGAGCCAGGGAGGAGAGGAGCCAGCUCAGUGACUCAAACGUCCCCAGUAAAACACCCACUGCUUAAAAGGCAGGCUCGGAUGGACUAUAGCCUCAAUACCACAGCGGAAGACCCUUGGGUUAGAAUUUCUGACUGCAUCAAAAACCUGUUUAGCCCCAUCAUGAGUGAGAACCACGGCCACACGCCGCUACACCCCAACAUCAGCCUGGGCGAGGAAGACGGGAGGCAGGGCCACCCAGACGGGACCCCGCUGAAGCUGGAAGCCACCAAUGGCGCUCCCAAAGUUUACAAGUCGGCAGACAGCAGCACCGGGAAGAAGGGUCCGCCCGUGGCCCCCAAGCCAGCCUGGUUUCGUCAAAGCUUGAAAGGUCUGAGGAGUCGCGCUCCAGACCCCAGGCGGCUGCCUGAUGCAGCCUCCUCCGCCCAGCCAACACCCACUCCCAGGGGCCCGGGGUCCCACGCGAGGGCCUCCUCCUCCUCCAUCAAGCAGAGGAUCAGCUCCUUUGAAACCUUUGGCUCCUCUCAAUCGCCUGACAAAGGAGUUCAGAGACUGAGCCUCCAGUCCUCGGAGGAGGCAGUAAGACCUCCUGGGAAGCAAGAGGGAGGACAGGUUUCUGGCCUCUGGAGGCGAGGGGCUCCCCCUGGCGCUGAGCAGCAGCAGCCAGAUCAAGAGCAGCCACCACGGGGUCCCCCUGCAGCCUCGGAGGCCAGCGGCCCGGGAGUAUCAGGGUCCCCUGCCCUGGCGCGGCAGCCCUGUCAGAAAACCCUCCCCGCUGACCCUGACCCUCUCUCGAGGCUGCUGUCUGCACAGACUGAGGACUCUCCAGGCCCCAUUGUCAAGAUGCCGAGCCAGCGGGCACGGAGCUUCCCCCUGUCCAGGACCCAGUCCUAUGAGAUGAAGCCAUUCGAUGAAAAGACCAGUAAACUCUACUCCAUCAGCAGCCAAGUGUCCUCAGCUGUCAUGAAAUCCCUGCUGUGCCUUCCGGCCUCACUCUCCUGUGGCCAGACUCCUUGCCCCCCGAAGCAAGGGGCCUUUCCAAUGUCGCCGUCCAGGGAGGACCCGGCUGCUGACGGUCCUCCCGAAAUGCCUGCCUCGGACACGGGGUUCUCGCUCAACCUUUCGGAGCUGAGAGAAUACACAGAGGGUCUCAGUGAGCCAACGGAAGCCGACGACUGGGACCACUGUGCCCAUCAGUCUGGCCAGUCGGUCAUCUCGCUGCUGAGCUCCUCGGAAUUAAAGGAGCUCAUAGAGGAAGUGAAGGUUCUGGAUGAAGCGACGUUAAAGCAAUUAGACAGCAUCCAUGUCACCAUCCUGCACAAGGAGGAAGGGGUUGGCCUUGGGUUCAGCUUGGCAGGAGGAGCGGAUCUAGAAAACAAGGUGAUCACGGUUCACAGAGUGUUCCCAAAUGGGUUGGCCUCCCAGGAAGGGACUAUUCAGAAGGGCAAUGAGGUUCUGUCUAUCAAUGGCAAGUCCCUUAAAGGGGCCACGCACAACGAUGCCCUGGCCAUCCUCCGCCAAGCUCGGGACCCUAGGCAAGCAGUGAUCGUCACGAGGAAGCCGGCUCUGGAGGCCACACUCGACCUGAACUCCUCCACCGACUCUGCAGCCUCGGCUUCUGCGGCCAGUGACGUUUCCACAGAAUCCACAGCAGAGGCUGCAGUCUGCAUGGUGACCCUGGAGAAGAACUCUGCAGGGCUGGGCUUCAGUCUGGAAGGAGGGAAGGGCUCCCUGCACGGCGACAAGCCUCUCACCAUUAACAGGAUUUUCAAAGGGGCAGCCUCAGAACAGAGUGAGACAGUGCAGCCGGGAGAUGAGAUCUUACACCUGGCCGGCACUGCCGUGCAGGGCCUCACGCGGUUUGAAGCCUGGAACAUCAUCAAGGCGCUGCCUGAUGGACCUGUCACGAUUGUUAUCAGGAGGAAAAGCCUUCAGUCCCAGGGGACCACAGCUGCUGGAGACUCUUAGGCAGAGCACCAACGCUGACGCCAAAGCCAACAGCACAGCACGCAGCUCCUCACAACUGCUCGUUCUCAGGGUCACUGCUAACCCACAUCCACGUGGGGACAGCACCGGUGUGCCUCCUGGUGGCUGCUGCCCAGGUCUGGACCUUCUGGGACACCACCCAGUAAGAGGGUUGACCCAACAGUAAGGGCAGAGUCACAUUGGGGUGACUAAUACAAACUACAGACUAUGUAUAGAGAGAGCAUGAUGCUAAUGUUGUGGUGCUGUAAAUAAAAUGGAUAUAUUACAA